AAAUAACAUGAAUGAUUACACCCAACACAAACUAACUCAAUCCUGUUCCGUUCCGUUUCGUUCAAUUUUGCUUUUUUCCGCCGUUGCUUGUCACAAAAUACAUUGUACCAUCCGAAAUGUCGGCCCCUGUGGACCCUGCUGACCAAAGAGUUGAAGCUAUUCCCCUAUCCGUAGCUACACCAAAUUGGACUAUUCAUGUUUCAGAUAUAAGAACAGUUAAGGUUAGUAACAUAUCAUUGAUUACUUCCAAGAAGGACAUUGAAGAAUUCUUUUCAUUCUCAGGUGAUAUUCGAUAUAUUGAGAUGCAAAGGGAAACUGAUCGCACUCAGGUUGCUUAUGUUACAUUUAAGGAUACACAGGGAGCAGACACAGCAAUUCUCUUGACGGGGUCCAAAAUAGGUGAUCUUUAUGUCACCAUCACACCUGUGGAGAAGUACCAGCUUCCGCCUGAAGCUCUUCCCUCAAGUCCAACAAAUGAAAGUGUUGCUGCCAUUAAGAAGGCUGAGGAUGUAAUGAGCACCAUGCUUGCUAAGGGUUUCAUUUUAGGAAAGGAUGCGAUCAACAAGGCAAAAUCCUUUGAUGAACGUCAUCAGUUGACCUCAAAUGCUUCUUCCACAGUUGCUUCCAUUGAUCGUAGAAUGGGUUUAAGUGAUAAACUAAGUAUCGGAACAGCUAUUGUCAAUGAGAAGGUGAGAGAGAUGGAUGAAAAGUAUCAGCUUUCUGGAAUGACAAAGUCUGCUAUUGCUGUUGCGGAGCAAAAGGCAAGUAGUGCGGGAUCUGCUAUCAUGAGUAAUUCUUACGUAUUAACUGGAGCUUCAUGGUUCUCUAGUGCCUUUACUGCUAUUGCAAAGGCAGCUGGGGAUGUCAGCACAAUGACCAAGGAGAAGGUUGAACAAGCUGAGGGGGAAAGGAACGAGAUCAUUUACAAUGAAAGGAAAGGAACUGUUGAUGGAUUUGCAAAGAUGCAAUUUGAGGAGUCUUCAGCUGUGGGGCCUGCAGUAGUUCCUGUUAAUUCAGAUGAUGAUAGUAAGCUGGCAAUUAUGUAAUGAGUUAACUCACAAUCCUUUACAUGCACAGUUGGAUUAUUUAGUUAGCAUAAUUAUUUUCAGACUUCAGUUGACAGGUGUGAUUCAUUAUUAUGGUCAACAUUCAUGUAAAAUAGUUAUUUGUUAUUGUCUUUUUCUAUUUUUAACUUGUUGAGUUUCUUCAUUCAUUUCUCUCUGUACUCAU